AUGAACAUUUUAAAAACUUUAAUAAUACUAGUUUUUUUAGUAUUUAAUUUAGCUUUCUCAAUAGAGGUCAAGUGUGGUGGUGUUACAUGUUUACCAAAUCAAACUUGUAAAACUGAAUAUUUAAUCCAACAUUGCGUUUAUAAUUCAGAGGAUCUUACAAUUAUUCAAAAUGUAAUGAAGCGUUGGAAUGACUCUGACUCCAAUCCAUCAAUUCAAGUCUCUGUGGAUAUAAUAAACCAAACUAAUAGGUUAAUUAAAAAUAUUGUGGUUGCCGCAGAUGUCCACCUUAAUAAUGAUCAAAUGUGGGGUAUAUCCAAAUGUUCAUAUGCAGAUAAUAUCUCUAUCAUUAAUUUCCCAAAUUAUUUAAAUUUAAAACCAUCCCAAACUCAUAACUUUGGUUAUAUUGCUAAAGGUAAUAACACUGCCCAUCUUUACGUUCAACAUAUUUAUAUUUUAUAAAAUAUCUAGAUAAUUAUAUUAUUUAUUUAAAUCAAAAAAAAUAAAAUAAAAAAAUACAAAAAAAUAGUUAUUUAAAUUU